AUGGGUAAGAGCAAGAAAAAUGAUCCUCCAUUUCAACUCAAACUUCCCCCAAAGGCAACUAAGUCUGAAAAAGAAAUUGAUCCGGAAUAUGAAGAGAAAAUGAAAACGGAUCGAGCCAAACGAUUUGAAUUCCUGCUAAAGCAGACAGAACUUUUUGCCCACUUCAUUCAACCUGCGGCCCAGAAAUCGCCCACCUCUCCCCUCAAAGUGAAACUGGGACGACCACGGGUAAAGAAGGAUGAGAAGCAGAGCUUGCUUUCAGCAGGAGACUAUCGUCACAGGAGGACAGAACAAGAGGAAGACGAGGAACUGCUUUCGGAAAGCCGGAAAACCUCAAACGUGUGCGUCCGAUUUGAGGAAUCUCCUUCUUAUGUUAAAGGAGGAACACUGCGGGACUAUCAAGUUAGGGGCUUGAAUUGGAUGAUCUCCUUGUAUGAAAAUGGCGUAAAUGGCAUCUUGGCAGAUGAAAUGGGUCUAGGAAAGACAUUACAGACAAUUGCAUUGCUGGGCUAUCUGAAGCAUUAUCGAAACAUCCCCGGUCCACACAUGGUUCUGGUGCCCAAAUCAACUUUGCACAACUGGAUGAACGAAUUUAAACGCUGGGUUCCAACAUUACGGGCAGUUUGCCUUAUUGGAGACAAGGAUGCCAGAGCUGCUUUCAUCCGUGAUGUUAUGAUGCCUGGAGAGUGGGAUGUGUGUGUGACCUCCUACGAAAUGGUCAUUAAGGAAAAGUCCGUUUUCAAAAAAUUUAACUGGCGGUAUCUGGUGAUUGAUGAAGCUCAUCGGAUAAAAAAUGAAAAAUCCAAGCUAUCGGAGAUUGUCCGUGAAUUCAAGACGACAAAUCGCUUGCUCUUAACAGGAACCCCUUUACAGAAUAAUCUUCAUGAGCUGUGGGCAUUGCUCAAUUUCCUUUUACCAGAUGUCUUUAAUUCUGCAGAGGACUUUGACUCGUGGUUUGAUACUAAAAAUUGUCUUGGUGAUCAAAAACUUGUCGAAAGACUUCAUGCAGUUUUGAAACCAUUUCUGCUAAGGCGCAUAAAAGCUGAAGUGGAAAAAAGCUUGCCUCCUAAAAAAGAAGUAAAAAUUUAUCUGGGACUCAGCAAAAUGCAGAGGGAAUGGUAUACCAAGAUCCUGAUGAAAGACAUCGAUAUCUUAAACUCAGCGGGCAAAAUGGACAAGAUGCGGUUGUUGAACAUCCUGAUGCAGCUGAGGAAGUGUUGCAAUCACCCCUACCUGUUUGACGGGGCUGAACCAGGCCCUCCUUACACCACCGAUACUCAUCUAGUGAGCAAUAGUGGCAAAAUGGUUGCCCUGGACAAAUUACUAUCGAAACUCAAAGAACAGGAUUCCAGAGUUCUUGUUUUUAGCCAAAUGACUCGCUUAUUGGAUAUAUUGGAAGACUACUGCAUGUGGCGAGGUUAUGAAUAUUGCCGCUUGGAUGGGCAAACGCCACACGAGGAGAGAGAGGAAGCAAUAGACACCUUUAAUGCUCCAAACAGUAGGAAGUUCGUUUUUAUGUUGAGUACAAGAGCCGGAGGCCUGGGGAUUAAUUUAGCGACAGCUGAUGUUGUGAUCCUCUAUGAUUCAGACUGGAACCCACAAGUCGAUCUACAAGCGAUGGAUCGUGCCCAUCGGAUCGGCCAGAAAAAGCCUGUGCGGGUAUUUCGACUUAUCACUGACAACACUGUUGAAGAGAGGAUAGUAGAAAGAGCCGAGAUAAAACUGAGGCUGGACUCCAUUGUUAUUCAACAAGGAAGGCUUAUCGAUCAGCAGUCUAACAAACUAGCAAAAGACGAAAUGUUGCAAAUGAUCCGUCAUGGAGCAACUCACGUAUUCGCUUCCAAAGACAGUGAACUGACUGAUGAAGACAUUACUACUAUUUUAGAAAGAGGUGAAAAAAAGACAGCUGAAAUGAACGAACGCUUGCAAAAAAUGGGCGAAAGCUCUCUGCGGAACUUCACAAUGGAGACUGAAAUGAGUUUGUACAAUUUUGAAGGGGAAGAUUAUAGAGGGAAGCAAAAGCUGAGCAUGAUGGAGUGGAUCGAGCCUCCAAAACGAGAACGCAAAGCCAACUAUGCUGUGGAUGCCUAUUUUCGAGAGGCUCUGCGGGUCAGUGAGCCUAAAAUCCCAAAGGCUCCACGACCACCAAAGCAGCCGAAUAUUCAAGAUUUCCAGUUCUUUCCGCCCCGGUUAUUUGAACUUCUUGAAAAAGAAAUCCUCUAUUAUCGGAAGACGAUAGGCUAUAAGGUCCCCAGAAACCCUGACCUUCCAAAUGCAGCUCAGGUGCAGAAGGAAGAACAGCGGAAGAUUGAUGAAUCGGCUCCUCUUUCUGCCGAAGAGGCCGAAGAGAAAGAAAGGCUGCUCACCCAGCUGAGCAUGAUGGAGUGGAUCGAGCCUCCAAAACGAGAACGCAAAGCCAACUAUGCUGUGGAUGCCUAUUUUCGAGAGGCUCUGCGGGUCAGUGAGCCUAAAAUCCCAAAGGCUCCACGACCACCAAAGCAGCCGAAUAUUCAAGAUUUCCAGUUCUUUCCGCCCCGGUUAUUUGAACUUCUCGAAAAAGAAAUCCUCUAUUAUCGGAAGACGAUAGGCUAUAAGGUCCCCAGAAACCCUGACCUUCCAAAUGCAGCUCAGGUGCAGAAGGAAGAACAGCGGAAGAUUGACGAAUCGGCUCCUCUUUCUUCCGAAGAGGCCGAAGAGAAAGAAAGGCUGCUCACCCAGGGUUUUACAAACUGGAACAAAAGAGACUUCAACCAGUUUAUUAAAGCUAAUGAAAAAUAUGGCCGUGACGACAUAGAUGAUAUUGCCCGCGAGGUGGAAGGAAAGUCACCUGAGGAAGUUAUUGAGUAUUCAGCUGUAUUUUGGGAACGUUGCAACGAACUCCAGGACAUUGAGAGGAUCAUGGCUCAGAUUGAAAGAGGAGAAGCCAGAAUACAGAGGAGGAUUAGCAUCAAAAAAGCACUGGAUGUCAAAAUUGCAAGGUAUAAAGCCCCUUUCCAUCAGCUGCGAAUUCAGUAUGGAACCAACAAAGGCAAGAAUUACACCGAGGAAGAGGAUCGGUUCUUGAUAUGCAUGUUGCACAAAAUGGGAUUUGACAAAGAAAAUGUGUAUGAAGAGCUAAGGCAGUGUGUGCGCAACGCGCCCCAGUUCAGAUUUGAUUGGUUUAUUAAAUCCAGAACGGCCAUGGAACUCCAGAGACGGUGUAAUACGCUCAUAUCACUCAUUGAAAAGGAAAAUAUGGAAAUUGAGGAAAAAGAGAAAGCCGAAAAGAAGAAGCGGGGAACCAAGACACCAGUGUCUCAAAAAAGAAAAGCCGAAUCUGCUGCAGAAAACUCUGGAAAGAAAGAAGCCAAGAAAGCAAAGACGUAAAAAUGAGAAAUAGUAUCCAACUGAAAAAAAAAAUAUUUCCCCUCUCUCACCCAUGUUUUUGAUGCUCUCUGUGUAUUCUUAGUCCUGUCCCCCUCAAUUCCUCGUGGUUUUAAUUUUUGCAAACCUGUAUUUUUUACAACGCCUUCCUUUUUACCUAUUGAGUAGCUUCAUAUUUUAUGCAUUCCAAUAUUUUUGUGCACUUGUACUUGGUGAUAUUUCCCGUGUCUUCAGCAAAAUUUACUUGGUCCUUGUUCCUCUAAAGAUUGUGCUGAGUUUUUGUUUUUGUUUUCACGUUUUAUACACUGCUGCUUUCACGCAAACGAAGGAGAAAAAAAACCCCAUUGAUUCUGUAGUUGUAUUGUUGUUUGCUUACUUUAUAUAAUUGUGGAGAACGAAAUGGAAUUAAAAUAGCCUGAGGUUAAAA